UUGAAUUUCUGUUGAACAUAGAGAAGCUGCCAAAAGAGGACCGAGAUCACAAGUAAAAAAUCUUCUUUUGCAUCAGAAACAAAAUUAGGGUUUAUCCAUAAACAACUCCCACAAGUUCUCCUGUGGAAUCAAUCCAUCAGAUUUCAAAUCACUAAAUCAUAUAUCCCAAAACCAUACCUUUUCUCCAUUUCUCUUUCUGCAAAGCUUAAACAUCAUCAUAGCUUCCUCAGGGUGCGAUGAAUUCACAUCUCUUCCGCGUAAUCUGUAUACUCCAUUCGAUAAUCGCACUUACAAGUGGAACCCUGAUGAUGUUCUACACAGAGAAAGCUUCCAUCUUUGGACAUGGUAGUGAUAUAGCAAAGAAGCUCAAAGGAUCAACGCCUCACGACGAGCAACUCAUCCAGAUUUCUCAGUCUUUCUCGGGUUUGCUUCUCUUUGCUAUCGGUUUGGUACUAUUCAUGGUGUCGUUUGUGAAAGACAGAGAGUUUCACAGCUUCUUUGCCGGUGGUUCCGUGAUUCUCUAUAUGCUUAUGGCUCUAUGGAGAGUUAUGUUUGAGUGGAAGAUUGAAGAUCUUGCUUUUGAAUGUCCCAAGCAAGCCCUUGGAGACAUUGCUUUAGCUGUCUCCUGGAUUUUCUUCCUCGUUUAUACAUGGAGAGAGAAGUAUGAUUGAUGUUUUAGUUUUUUUGUUCUUAAGCUUGUAGUGAGGCUAAUACAAAAGAUUAUGUGUGUUCGUUAGAAAGUGGUGAUCAAGACAACCACUAGCCUGGGGGAAAUAGAUCAAACCAUUGUCGGUUUUUAUAGAUUCAGAAGAUCAAGUGUCAAUGAAACAGAGGAAUUGUCAAUGAAAAUGAUUUAUUUUUCAACUCUGAAACCAUCAGUUUCAUCUGAAUCUGUGUAAAUAAUGAGUUGUGUCGGAUUCUUAUUUGUGUAA